ACUUGUCAUUUGUCUUCCUAUUUAAUCUACAGUCCUACCUUUAAUGGAUAAUAUUUGAUAGUAUAUAUUGUAUACUGUAGGAAUUUACGAAGUAUUUGAUUUUGAGAUUUUCAAAUACAUUUUCAUUCCUGACGGAUGACAGUGAAAUUGUGAUUCGUGUGGUGGGAUAGUUUCAAUAUUGAAUACACAUGAAUACUGAGGAAGAUGACAAUUCUGGAGAAUGACGUGAUUUCUAUGCGCAAUAAGCAACCCUUAAAGAAAAAGUAUAAGGCUGGUCAUCAAUUGAAACGCAAAAACGUAUUUGAGGAAGGCACUAUAUCUAACAAAAAACAGGCCUUGGACGAAAUGCUGAACGGAUAUCGGGGCGACCAGAAAAACAACGGGGAUGUUCUCCAAGACUCUCCUGUGGCAACUCUUUCGAAUAUGGGCAAUACUUGCUUUCUAAACAGUGUUUUGUAUACCCUGCGUUUUGCUCCUACAUUCUUACAUAACCUGCAUCACCUCAUUGGAGAUUUGACUCUGGUUAGUUCAAGAUUGAAUCAGACCAAAGCGAAAACCUCGUCUCUCGGUCGAAAUAUAGGAGCUAUUACAGGCCCGAGCUCGCGCAGCACUAGCAGCAAGGAUUUAUUGUCCCUAGGAAGCUCAAACGAUAUCAUCCCGAAAUCAAAAGUGCAAAUUGUCACAGAGAAACUGCAUGAGUUGUUCACAACGAUGCACAAUCUUGAACUGAAAGACUCCACUGAUCCCUACCAACCGAUCGCUCUGUUGCAAGCUGUUAGAGAAGCUAAUUCAAUAUUUGAAGGUAACAAUCAACAAGAUGCCCAUGAACUGCUCGUUUACCUUUUGGAUAAUAUUCGUGAAACUUGUGAUGUUCUGACUCAGCAAGUCGAGCAAAAUCCGGAACUUCUCAAUGAAACCGAGUCUGCAGCUCCCGUCAACUCGAGCAGAAUUUGGAACGUGAGGCGUUCCUGGAAAAAAAAUUACAAGAAGAAAGAUAAGAGCACCAAAGAGCCCAUAUCUGAAGAGCAGGUGAACGGGACAAAUUCCACUGACAUUGAAGACUCAGCUUCGAUUGAUAGCAACAGCGGAGGCAGCCGAAAGAAACUGGGAUACAAUUUCGUUGCCGAGGACUUUGAGGGGAUAACGUUGAGGCGCACCAAGUGCUUGGAAUGUGAAAGCGUUUCAGAAAGGAAAGAACCUUUCUAUGAUAUCCCCGUACCGAUAUCCGUGAAAGACGAUGACUCCGAUUCCAUGAAUGUAAAUGAUAUUUUUCGAAGGGCUUGUGUAACGACUGAAAAACUUUGUGAUUCUAACAAAUACUUGUGCGAGAAAUGUAAGCGAUAUAACGAGGCAUCCAGAGAGGUAUUAUUCGAGAAGUUGCCCAAUAUAAUGGUCCUGCAGUUGAAGAGAUUCACCACGUCAUCGUCAGGUGUCCAGAAAGUGAAUACUUACCUACCUACUCCACUCUCUUUGAAAUGUUUCUGCGAGUCUUGUUGUAAGGUGGAUGGGACUGGGGCUUCUCACCGGUAUAAGUUGUGCUGUGUGAUUAUGCAUCUAGGGGGUACUAUGGCCUCUGGACACUACAUCGCAUACGUCAAAGCUUCCGACCACUUGGAAGAUUAUUCCGAUUGCUCGAGAGACCUGCCGAAGGGCAGUCUUUCCGCCAGCAGCAGCGAAAAAUCUCUGAACAUCCUGAAGUUCCUGAAGCCGCGGUCCCAUGCCAGUUCCUUGAUUGAUAGUAGAAACGGACUGUCCUCCAAGAGCGUCCUGAACGGUGUUAGGAUGUGCAGGGGUGUGGAUUGUUGCGGUGUGAGAUUGAACAAGAAUGUCGUUGAGAACGCUUUCAACAGUUGUUCCAGGAAAGACGAGCAGGAAUUUCCUUGGCAUUCUAACAAUGUGGCUCCGGAAGACAUGUGGUUAGAAUGUGACGACGAAAACGUUAGGCCAAUCACUAGCCAAGAACUCGUAGAAGAAUUAAGUUACAAGCCAAAUUCGACGUCGACCCCAUACUUGCUGUUCUAUGCCAAAUCUACUGACCAAUUAUCAGGGUAACGGUAACUAAACGAAUGAGAAGGGUAACAUUGUUUAAUAUUUUUUUAAGUGAGUACAAAUGCUCUUGAUUUUAUGUGAUAUCACGAAAUAUUUAUAUUGACUUCAUGAUCGUUGAAAAACUCGACAUAUUUGUAUUUACUUUUUGAAAAAAUAAAUCGUGCACACAUUCCCCCAUAAAUUCGAGUAUGGAGAGCUUAAAUCAAUUCAGGAUUAGUUUGAAGAAAUGUGAAUUACUCUAGAAAGAUGCUUUUUAUAUUGAAUUGUUUAUGAAUCGCUAUGAUGUAUGAAAAUACAAAUAUUCCAGGUCAAA